GAGAGCCUAUCCAACGCCAUUCGUCAAUUCUACUCUCCUACCGAUGCUGCUUUUGUCUCUUAUGAAACAACGACACACACCAAAAACGGCGACAAGCAUCAACUCGGAAUACGAUUAUGUUAUAGUUGGAGCAGGUGCUGCAGGGUCUGUAUUGGCAAAUCGUUUGUCGGAAAUUCCAUGCGUCAGUGUUCUUCUGCUUGAAGCCGGUAAAAGUCCGCCUUUGCUGACUGAGAUACCCGCCACUGAACGGGCCUUUUGGUUUACGGAUAUUGAUAGGAAUUAUCGUACAGUUCCUCAACGAAAUACUGGAAAUGGACUCAAUAACAGGGAGAUUUUGUGGCCGAGUGGCAAAACUGUAGGUGGAUCCACAGUUUUGACUGAUGUAUUGUACUCCCGAGGAAACCCAAAGAAUUAUGAUGACUGGGCGAAACUUGGAGCUGUUGGCUGGAGUUAUGAGGAAGUUCUUCCGUACUUCAAGAAGUUAGAAGACAACCGAGAUCCAGAGUAUGUGGCCAAUGGAUACCAUGGUGUUGGCGGGCCACAAACUGUGCAUAGCCUCGGUAUUUCCCAGAAGUCAAAGCUCCUAUUUUUGAAGCAGGUCGUUUGCUUGGAUACAAGGCAGUCGACCCAAAUGGUCCAAAACAAACAGGUUUCUAUGACGUACAGGGUUUUUUGAGAGCGGGUCAAUUAUGCAGUGCUGCAAAAGCUUAUCUGGUACCGGCUGAAAACCGAACUAACCUGCAUAUUCUUCCCAAUGCUAUGGUCCGAAAGAUUAUAAUUAAGAACCGAAGAGCAACAGGCGUCGAAUUCGAUUUUAGUGGAACGACUUAUGAAGUACGAGCCAAGAGAGAAGUCAUUGUUUCUGCUGGAACAGUGAGGAGUACCUCCAAAUUGCUCAUG